UCUUUUUCUUAAGUCAGACUGACUGAACGAAAGAAGCAAAAAAACAAGGAAAACAGAGAAAAAAAAAAAGAAAAAAAAUGGAUCACAUUGCAGCAGCUGAACAGCAAUUAGUUUCAGAAAGAAUGAGGAGGAAACUGAAUGAAGUGAAUAUGGCAGCUCAAGCCCAGCUUGCUCCUGUCCAAGACCACAUCAAUUUCACUCUUCAGCAAGCGUAUUUCAAGUGUGCCUACGAGUGCUUUGAUAGAAGUAGGAAACAAGAGGAGAUAAGCAAUUGUGUAGAACAUUGCAGUGUUCCUGUUGUUAAUGCUCAACAGCAUUUUGAGAAUGAGAUGGCCAAGUUUCAAGAAAGAUUGAAUAGAACCUUGAUGGUCUGCCAAGACAAGUUUGAAUCAGCUAAGUAUCAGCAGAUUAAAACUGAUGCAAUCAAUGAGUUGGAGUCAUGCGUCAACCAGUCAAUCGAGGAUAACAUGAAGACAUUGCCACACCUUGUUGGGAGAUUGAAGGCUUCUUUCAACAUCAGUGAUUGAGCCAAAUGAGUAUUAGGAAAGUGGUUGUAACCCAUUACUAUUUACUUGAUAGAUUCUUAACUCAAAUCUUGAGAUUUCAUAAAACAAGGCAUUAAGAUAUUCCCAGCAAUGCCUUCCUGGCCAUCUUGGAUAAGGCGAUUAUAUUCACAUAUUUGUUUCAGAUGAAGUUGAUUUUACUUCCAAUUAAA